AUGAUCCAUAAGGAGUUGAUAACAAACAUCUAUCUAUCUAUCUAUCUAUCUAUCUAUCUAUCUAUCUAUCUCAUCUGUCAAUUAUCUAUCAGUCUGUCAAUUAUCUAUCUAUCUAUCUAUCUAUCUAUCUAUCAUCUAUCUAUCUCAUCUGUCAAUUAUCUAUCUCAGUCUGUCCAUCUAUCUAUCUAUCUAUCUCAUCUAUCAUCUAUCUAUCUAUCUAUCUAUCUAUCUAUCUAUCUAUCUCAGUCUGUCCAUUAUUAUCUAUCUAUCUAUCUAUCUAUCUAUCUAUCUAUCUAUCAUCUAUCUAUGUUCCUCAGCCUACCUGCACAACGCACACACGAACUUCUUUUCAUGUCAACAGCCACAUCGGCGGCCUCCAUUAUCAGUCGAGAUGAAUAUCUUUUUCGGAAAAUAUCGCCCUGUUCGAAACUAAUGUACAAUCGCAUCACUUUAACCGGCCCUGAGGAACCGUACGGUCCUUUCUUUCUUUCUUUCUUUCUUUCUUUCUUUCUUUCUUUCUUUCGUUUUCAUUCAUUUCUUUGUUACGCUUCGGCGAGCAACCUCUUUCGCAUUUUCCCGCGCCUGGGAAAUUAG